AUGGCCGUCGACAAAAUCGUCACAGAGCCUUCCCUCGCCGCCGUCCUCCAAAUCUCCGACCAGGCCCGCGACCAGGCCCACGCCCUCCUCCAGCUCGCCGACCGCGCCAGCGACGGCCGCGCCUCCGCCGAGGCCCAGGCCGAGAUCGCCAAGCAGCAGAAGCAGCUCUUCACAAACAUCUCCCACCUGCGCGGCCUCCACCGCAGCGCCUGCCUGGCCGCGCGCGACACCAAGGCCCAGACCGCCGAGGCGCGCCAGGAGGUCGACCGCCUGCAUCUGCAGCUGCAGAACCUGUAUUACGAGCAACGCCAUCUCCAGGGCGAGAUUACGGGCUGCGAAUCGUACGACCACAAAUACCAGCAGCUGCCUCUCAUCCCCCUCGAAGAGUUCCUCGCCCUAAAACCCGAGUACAAAGACUCCACCGACGACGAGCGCAUGUUUGCCCGCAUCGAGCACGAGCGGGAAGAGCGCGAGAUCCUCGAGCAGCGCCGCCAGGAGCUCCUCAAGCGCAAGCAGAAGCUCAUCGCCGAGAACAAGCGGAGAAAAGACGACCUGGCCAAUCUGGACCAAGACCUGGAAAAGUUUAUCGAUGCUGCAAAACCGAUCCUCGAAUUGUUUGAAAAAGCACCUUGA